GGUGAGCGCAGCAGCGCGUGCGCAAAAGGCUUGGCGGGCACGCUGCAUGAGCCGAGGAGCCGGCGAGCAGCGAGGCGACUCCUCCAGCACGGCUUCGUGCGAGGCCUGCGCCCGCCCUCCUCAGAGAGCGGUUCUAAGUCGGGCCUCCGGCCGCGGCCCCUUUAGGAGGCGCGGAGACCCCUCAGUCAGUGUGUGAGACAGCCUGGCCGAGCCCGGGAGUCCCUGGGUCUGAGGCUAUCGUUUGGAAGCAAUGAGUUUAAAACCCUUCACCUACCCGUUUCCAGAGACGAGGUUUCUUCAUGCAGGACCCAAUGUGUAUAAAUUCAAAAUCAGAUAUGGCAACAGCAUAAGAGGGGAAGAGAUACAAGAUAAGGAAGUCAUCGUCCAGGAGCUGGAGGAUUCUAUUCGUGUGGUCUUAGGAAACUUGGACAAUUUGCAGCCAUUUGCUACAGAACACUUCGUUGUAUUUCCUUAUAAAAGCAGAUGGGAGAGAGUGGCCCACCUGAAAUUCAAACACGGGGAAAUUGUCUUGGUCCCCUAUCCAUUUGUUUUCACUCUGUAUGUGGAGAUGAAAUGGAUUCAUGAAGACUUGUCGCCUGGGAAACCAGUAAACGACUGUCCUCUUGGGUUGGUCCUUCCUGAGAGGAAAGCAGCAGGAGCCAUGAUGAGGAAACGAAAACGCGUGCAAGUGCCCAGCUCCCCCGGCAGGCCAGGACUGGACAGGGCCAAGAUGGGGACUUCCAGCCAAGACUCCAGCAAAAAGAAGCCCCCUAUGGAAACCAGAAGGAACAGGGAAAGAAAAACCCAGCAGGAAUGGCAGGAGACUCCAGCAUUUGAUAUCACCAAUGUCCAGGACCAGGAUUCUAAGUGUGGAGAUAGCGUAGCAGGGCAGAUUGUCCCACCAGUGCCGCAGAACAAUCCACCUCCACCUGAAGGACCCACAGAGCUGGGAACCAGUGGCUUCUUUGGGUUUCUAAGCUCGCUCUUCCCGUUUCGGUACUUCUUCAGGAAGAGCAGCCAGUGAGCCUUCCAUAUGCAGCCGUGGGAGGAGUACCUCUCGCAGGGGCUCCUCUCACUCCCUCCUCUGCUUCUGACAUUCCAGUCCUGGGGAAUGAGGGCCCCACAUUCCCUGAGUCUUCUUCCGGGUUUGUCCUGUCCUUUUCCCCUUUACAGUGGAAUGUUUUUUUCAACUUAAAACACUAAGAAAAGAACGGAACUUUCUAAAAUGCUCUAGUCUGAGAAUUGUACUGCUCUGAGGGCCAGUUUAGGCCUUUUGUCUUCAGCACUUAGGAUCCUAAAGACAAUAAAUUAUUUAUGAAGAGUUAUUGACUGAGUUUAGUGAAGUAAAGAGAGUGAGGGAGAGCAAACUCUUCCUCAAGACCAGGGAAGCAAUGCCCGAAACCUCCCCUGGGUCUACCUGGUCAUUGUUGACAGGAUGCUUUGGAGGGUGGCGUCUGUACCUGACCUCAAACCCUAAACUCCUCUGCCAGGGGUUAUGGAAUGGGGUCUUGUAGGACUUACUGUCCUGAGCCCUGCUGAUCCUCAGGGAAUCUCUCCCCAGCCCACCCAGUUUGGCCCCCAAGUGCAGCCUCUCAGUAGAUAAAUGCUUCCCACCCACCCCUCUGACUUUUGACAGCAGUGCAGAUUAGCUUAUCAGACUCACUGGCAGUCUGUCCAGGUUAAGGUCCCUGGAGACCAGGGCACCUGAGCGCUGUCUUCAUGUAACCGGAGGGCUGACCUGGGACAGAUGGAUUAGACUUGGGUUGUGCAGCCACAGAGGACCACAAUCACAGACGGGAGUUAGGGAAACUCAUUUUAGCUCAGAACAAAGAAAUCACUUUUUAACUGUUAGAGAUGUCCAGUAUUAGAAUGGGCCACCUUGUGAGGUUAUGAGCCCUUGUCACCCUAGUCUUUAAACAAAGCUGAUUAUCUGUCAGAUACUGGAAGGUUCCUGUGAUGAGUGGAAGAGCUGGGACGGGACUGCUGAGGUCCUUGGAAUCCCCUUAUUUCACUGCCUUUACCUUGGGUGGGGAGAAGAGAAGAGGUGGGCUGCUGCUGUGGAAGGGCCCAGGACCUGAGGGGAGGGGGGCCCAAGGGGACGCUGUCACAUGUGAGGACUGGGACAAGUUGCGUGUACAGCCUUUGCCCUCCUGUCCCAAACACGGCCUGUUUACAAAGCUGCUGAGAGGGAACUCCCUGAUCUGGAGAUCUGAGUCCAUUCUGACUCUGACUAGUUUACAGUGAAGCCUUGGCAAAGUCGCUUUUGUCUCUGCUUCCUAUUUUCUCAUCUAGAAAAUGAAGGGGUAGGAUUCGAUGAGCUCCCAACUGCCUUCCAGAUCUGGCAGUCUGUGUGGCUGGCUCUGCCUUUCUGAGCGGGUCAGCAAGGCAGUGGCCCUGGGGGGUGGGGGCCAAAUCACCACAGACUUCCUUCGUAUCUCCACCCUGCCCCAGCCCCUGCGGCUACUGCUGACUAGGGGUCUUUUUCCAGCUGGCCAUGUUCUUGCCCCAAGUGUAAUUUAGCACCAUGUACGGAGAGCAGGAGAUUUGGGUUCCAAAUCAGCCCUGACAUUAACUAGCUGUGUGACGUUUAGUAACUUUCCUUCUCUCAGCCUUAGUUGCCUCACCUGUAAAAAGCCAGAGCCACAGCUAAACUAAACAAUGCUCUUUGCUGGGGUUGACAGCUUCAGGCUCUUCCAGGAAUCAGGUCCCUGUUAUUCCAGGGACUAGGGGGAGCCCCACUCUGUAGCUGACCCCAGGAUGAGAAGUCAUCCACUUGACAGUGAAAGUGAAGCUCUGAAGUGGACUUAGGACCCCCAUCACCCCCUGGCUCUGCCACCAAGCGCAUUUCCAGAAACUGCCCUGGUGUCAUUUCCCUCGUCCAUAAGAAUCUCCUCCCCGACCCGUUUCCUCUGCGGUGGAUAAAAGAGACAGGCAGAGUUGACUUUAGUAGUUUUAAGGGUGGGGUGGCAAGGCCCUGGACAGGGGAGUGGCCUGCCCGAGGUCACGGAGCAAAGAAGAGAACCCAUGUGGCCACCACUCAGCCCAGUCUCCAGCCCUCUCUCCCCAACUGCACUCUAGCCGCUCACCCCACCAGCUCCUGGACUUUUCUCCACACCUCACUUGCCCUAGCCCUGGCCCUUGGGCAGCUUUUGGACACAAGGGAAGCAGAAAGCAGCAGAGGCGGCUCUCUGAGGACCACACCUCAGAGAAGAGCUAGAUCUCCCAGGUGGGACUGCUCGAGGCCUCUGCAGGGAGGCAGGCCUGAAAGCCGAUCUCCAAGAGGGCGUGGCUCCAGGAUGCUGGCAAAUAAAAAUCCGGAGAGCCCGCACCGUCUGGAGACCAGCAGUAGGCGCGAGGACCCACUCAGCAAGCCAUCACUCGGUUCCUGGGCCUUGGAAGUGCCUUCAACGUGACGGUGCGAAGUGACCGCCAAGGCACCUGCCAGGGCUCCCAUGUGGCACAGGCUUGUGUGGGCCACUGCGAGUCCAGUGCGUUUCCUUCCCGCUACUCCGUGCUGGUGGCCAGUGGCUACCGACACA